CUAACCCCGCCCACCACUGUUGCUCACCAUCAUGGCGGACACUACUGUCUAGUGACUUUGGACUAAACACCGGAAUGGCUGGUCGCGGCUGGAGGAGGACCAUAAACGUCUUACGCCUGUCAAAUUCUCCACAGUUCCGGACAUCCGUGCAGUUAGUUGUGUUCUGCAGUCCAGUCGGUCUCCGCCAUGUCUGUGGGUGUUGACGCUAGAAUAGUAAUUGUAGGAUGUGGGAUAGCAGGGAUAGCAGCGGCACACAAACUAGUUAAAGCAGGUUUUAAUCGUGUGCACAUACUCGAAGCUACAGAUAGAAGUGGAGGAAGGAUAAAAACAGGCAAAUUUGGUGAUAACAUAAUAGAGGUCGGUGCAAACUGGAUCCACGGACCAUCCGAGGGCAACCCAGUGUUUUGUUUGGCUCGACAAUAUGGACUCCUGGAUGCAGAGGCCCUCAAGCCAGAGAACCAGGCCAUGGAGAUCGGAGGACAUCCUCCCUGGAUCCACAAUAUCUUUACCAGCUCAGGUCGCAAGCUGAGCAUUGAAGAUGUGCAUCCUGCUCAGGAGAUGUUUACUGAGCUGCUGGAAGAGUGUGCAGAGUUUAAUGAGAGAGGAGGAGAACCAUGGCCCAGCGCGGGUCAAUUUAUUCGUGCAGAGGUGCAACAAAGAGCAGCUGAGAAGUGGAAAGAUGCUGAUGCAGCCACAAGAUCUUUGCGACUGUGUAUGAUUAGCACUAUGCUGAAGGUGGAAUGUUGCAUUAAUGGAACUUACACCAUGGAUGACCUGAGCUUGGGUUGUUCUGGCAUGUAUAAAUCUCUGCCAGGACUUGACUGCACCUUACCAGGUGGCUAUGAAGGUGUGCUGAGAAACCUGAUGUCAGAGCUGCCUGCUGGUCUGGUGACCUACAAUCAGCCAGUUCGCUGUAUCCACUGGAACAACACAGAGAAGACAGACACCCACGUGACCAUUGAGUGUCAAGACGGGAAGAAAGUGGUUGCCGAUCACGUGAUCAUGACGGUUUCUUUAGGCUACUUAAAGAAACACUAUUCCACUCUCUUUCAACCUCCUCUUCCUCUCCACAAGAUGCACUCUAUCCAGAGAUUUGGCUUUGGCACCAACAAUAAAAUAUUUGUGGAGUUUGAUUCACCAUGGUGGGAUAAUGACUCUGAGGUCAUCUACCUGGUGUGGGAAGAUGAGGAUGCCAUUGUGGACAAGGUACAGGAUCUUCCUGGAUCUUGGAUAAAGAAGUUGUUUGGCUUCACUGUGGUAAAACCAACUGACGGGCACAGCCAUGUUUUAUGUGGCUGGAUCGCUGGGCAUGAGUCAGAGUACAUGGAGACUUUAUCUGAGCAGGAGGUCCUGCACGCAGUCACUCAACUCAUCCGCAUGUUUACAGGCAACCCCAUCAUCACUCCCCGAAGACUCUUGCGCUCUCAGUGGUUUAGCAACCCCUGGACAUGUGGAUCGUACAGUUAUCCUUCAAAAGGUUGUUCCCCGCAAGAUUUGGAGAACAUGAUGGAGCCUCUACCUUCAAAGCCAUCACUGUCACAACCCCUGCAGGUGUUGUUUGCUGGAGAGGCGACCCAUCCAAGCCACAGCAGCACUGUCCAUGGAGCUCUUCUCACUGGCAGGAGGGAAGCUGACAGGCUCAUCACUCACUACUCCUCCAGUCAUCCACCCAAGCCUAAAUCAAAGCUUUAAAAGAAUAACACUUUUUGUAAGCAGCUUCAUAAAAUUAAGUAUUUGUCUAAAUUGAGACCCAAUUUUCAAGGGAAAGGGAAUACAUUCAAUACAGACAAUUAUAUUCUUUCAACUUAAUAAACUGCUUACUGUUCAUCAAAA